AGAGGCAGUUAGAAAAUACAAGAGGAAACGAUGAAGGGCCUUCUUUCUGCGGUGGAAGGUCUUCGUCUGAGAGAAAUGGAGCCGCCACGUGAGCCUGAGCCGACGGCCGCCGGCCAGCCCUCGGCCUCAGGCAGGAGGAGGAGGCCCCGGGGAGCAGCUGGCAGCGACGAGACUCCGCCAGCAGCUGCCACGGAGGGGGCUAGGGGAGCGGCAGGCGGGAGAGACAAGCCUCGGCAAGCAGCUGGCAGCAGAGGCAAGGCUAGGAGAGCACCAGAGAGCGACGAGCCUGUGCAAGCCGCAGGCAGGGCUGAGCGUCCGGAAGCAGCAGGCAGGAGGGAAGGGGCAGGGCGAAAGGCAGUCAGUAGGGCACCCGAGAGGGACGAGUCGCAACAAGACGAGAGGGACGAGUCGCCACAAGACGACAGCGACGAGUCGCCACAAGAAGACGACAGCGAAGAGUCGCAUUAA